AAAUCACUUUUUAUUUGUGUCUUGCUUUUAGGAUUGAAUGCAACAUCACUCUCAGAUGAAGGUGAAGUUAUUGCCAAAUUGACAUAAUUGGAACAAAGUGAAUUUGGUCGUUAUUUGAUUCAUACUCUAUAACUGGAGAUGGAAACAUCAGAUAGUUUAGACCAUUUAAUCAAUGUACUUGAGAAACUAGAAGGACGUUACUAAGAUGAUUAAAAGGAGGAUGAUGCAAACAAUAGAGUCUAUUAAGAUUAAUGUGACUCAGACAUUGGUUAACUUGAUAAAGACAUUGCUAAUAGCUAAUAUUCAAUUCUACAACUUGAGGCAAAACUAGAAGGUAAUCUUAUUCCUGCCAGAUCAAUUUAAUAAGGUGUUGAAAAAGCUAAAUUAGCAGAAAUUAAAUGUUAUAUUCAUCUUUAAAUUUUUUAGAAUACACAUAAGAGAUUUAAGAACUUGAUGAAGAGAGACAAGAACAAAGUGAAGUGUAUGAAGCUAAAAUUGCUGAACAUUUUGAAGCUUCUAAAAUAAUUAGGGAAGCUUAAGCCAUUAUUAAGGAUGGACUCUAAAGACCAUCACUUGCAGAAAUUAAAAAGAAUGGCAAAAAUGCUAUUAGAAUAGCUCCAAAUAUUUUAGCUUAAGUAACUUCAAGUUUGAGUGGAUCAAUUAAUAAGAUAAGAUAAACUCACAGAUUCACAAAAGCUUAUGCCAGUAUUUUCAAAGUGUUAUUAACAAUCAUGAAUAAAUCUGAAUCAACUGCUGAUGAAGGAUCUGUUGAAAAGUAUAUUUAAUUUAUUAUAAAAACACUCUAGAAUAAUUCAAUUAUGUAGUGAUUUAUUAACUAAGAUUGAUGACAGUACUAAUUUAGAAAGAUUUGCUGAAGACAAAAGAGUAUAAGCUUAUGAAAAACACAAGCAUUUAUUAAAUAGAGAUUUAUAAUCUGCUUAAUCUAUUUUAGCUAAUACAUAAGCAACUUUAUAAAGGUUAUUCAUUUAAUAAUUUUAUUUAGUUUGAAUGAUUCUAUUUAACAAGCUUAAAACUCAAUAGCUACUAUCUAAUAAAGAUUAGAUUAUUACUAAGACACUAGACAAUAGAGAUUUGUUGAAUGUGAAGAAGCUGCUUAUGAUUAUCAACAAGCAAGAAGUGCUAGAGAUAAUAAUAAGCAAUUAGUAUCUGACUUAAUUGGUUUAGUCAAUAAACAUCUGAGAGUUCUUAGAGAAUAAUUGGCAUUAAGAGUUGCAGCUGGUGAUAAUAUUUGAAAUGCAUUUAGAUUAUUU